UGCUUCUGUCCGUCGCGGAUAAUGGCUGGAACUUGCGGAUAUUAGAAGCUUUUACAUUGGAAUCUUCACAAGUGCAACAUGGCAGCAGCGACGGCUCAUGUCACCAAUCACAGUAAGCUGCUGUUGCAGCGCUUACAUGAGCAGCGGGAAAUGGACUUCUUGUGUGACAUAACUGUCGUGGUGAGAGAUGUGGAGUUCAGAGCCCCGAAUGUUUUGGCUGCAUUCAGCAAUUACUUCUCUGCCCAAGCUGACGACGGUAAGAGCGUAAUAACCCUGGACCCCGAGAAGGUCAGCCGCUACGCGCUGGAGAAGCUGUUGGAGUUUAUCUACACAGGACGCAUGAACCUCAGCAGUACCAGACAGGCUGCUGUACGUCGAGCAGCUACAUUCUUGGGAAUGGCUGAGGCAGUGAAGUAUCUGGAGGAAUGUUACCAGUGCUCUGACGUGGGUGAAGCAUUGCAGCCUGAGGUGGAGAAAGAAGCUGGAGUGGGAGGAGACAGUCCAGGCUCUGCUGGCAGCCCCACUUCUCCAGUCCCCCUGUCCAUCUCUGUCACCGGGCAGGAGGAUGGGAAUGUUAGCAGGGACGAGGAGAGUGGGGGAAAUGUGUGUGUGGAAGAGGCAGAUGGAAGUGAUGGAGACUACACUCCCAAAACUAUAAAGACUGUUGGGACAGGACUGAUUAGGAAGAGAGGAAGACCCCCAAAAAGUCUGAGCAGUGCUCAGGCAGGUCAGAGCAACUUAUGUGAAGAAAAAUCUGGGGGUAAGAAAAGAGGCAGACCCCCCAGGACUCCAAAGGAUGUCAGUGUGGAGCAGGUAUCCCCGGAGGGCUCAUCCGAGGAUGCAGCUAAACCUCUGGGCAGGAAGCGCGGCAGACCCGCAAAGACUCCUCAGACUGGGAGCGUUGAGCAUAUGUUGGAGCCCAGCUUAUCUGAUGAAACUCCAAAACCUCAGGGCAAGAGGAGAGGCCGGCCUCCUAAGACCCCAAAGAGUUUGAACACCGAGGAGGCGGAGCCGUGCAGCUCAACUGAUGGUGCAACUAAAACUCAGGAGGACAACAGCAACCAGAGAGACGGGUGUGAAAAUGAAGGCAUGAAUGUGGACGAUUCAGACGCAAGCGUGAAGGAGACUGGUGACACUUCGGCAGAUUGGAGCCCUUCGCAGGAAGAGUCUCCAGCGAAGAGAGGGCGGCUGAGCAGCGACGACAGCGGGAGGGGGCGAAGCCGCGGCGGGGAGCGAGGCAGAGGACGACGCAGGCGGAGAAUGAGGCACGAUGGAGAAGACAGCAGCGGAACAGGGGCAGAUGACUAUGAAGAGGAAGAAGAGGGUGAGAUUGGAGCAGAUUCAGAAACAUGCGAUGAGCCGCGGUCGUGCGGGGACUGCCACAAACAGUUCAAAGAUCUGAGCAGCCUGCGGCGGCACGGGAAGAUCCACGAGGGGGUGAAACCAUUCACCUGCAUCUUCUGCUCCAAAACCUUCAGACAAGCAACUCAGCUGAAGACACACCUGCGAAUCCACACAGGAGAGAAACCAUUUAGUUGCUCAGACUGCGAGAAGUGUUUUGCUCAGAAGUGCCAGUUGGUCGCUCACCGUCGAAUGUACCACGGGGAGGAGAAACCGUACAAAUGUGAUCGCUGUGGCUACAAAUUUGCCACCUCGUCCAACUACAAAAUACACGUCAGACUGCAUAGCGGGGAAAAGCCAUACGUUUGCGAUAUCUGUGGUCAGGCGUUCGCUCAGUCCAGCACGCUGACUUAUCACAAGCGACGACACACAGGGGAAAAGCCGUACCAGUGUGACCUCUGUGGCAUGUCAUUCUCCGUCUCCUCCUCACUCAUCGCACAUGCGCGAAAGCACACAGGUGAGACUCCAUACAAAUGUCCAAAGCCACAAUGUGAGGCCAGUUAUGUGACAUCUUCCGAGUUGAAAAAACACAUGCGGAGACUCCAUCCAGAGGGGCAGCUCCAGCGUGCAGUGUCUGCUGUGCGGCAACAGGUUCAGCAGCGUGAAGAACAUGAUCAAACACCAGGAGAAGGCGCACGCCGAUGAAAUGCGGCAGCAUAAAGAAAGAGCGAGAGCCGUUGUCCUGCUGGCGUCCAGCCAUCCCGUGGCGUUCGUCCAGAGCAAACUCACCCAGGACAAAGUUUUAGUCGCCGUGCCUGAAGGUGGCGAACCACCCAACCCGGAUCCGGCCACCCCAAACCCAAAAGUCAUGACAGCUGAUGCCGGCACCGCCGCCUCCAUGUCGCCGGUGAGCUCCCGACAUCCAGGACUUCAAGGUGGAGCCCCUUCAUACUUCCAUUUCCAGCUCCGACCAGGUGACCUUCGAAGCUGAUCAGGAGCAGACCAUCAACUCGGACACGCUCCACGCCCUGGUGGAGCAGCUGCGGCCGCCGGCCUCCCCGGCGCAGAGCCUGGAGCAGAUCGUCAUCAUCAGGACAGUGGACAGCCCCGAACACAACCCUCCUCAGCAGUGAGGCCAGACCAGACAACCCCCCGGGAACAUGUUACACUUUUAAAGAGUUCAAGCCACAGUUGUCAUUUGUUUGAAUCCAGGGUCAACAUUCCGUGGUCUGUGUCAGAACGUCUCUUCUGAUCUCUGCACCAAACGACUUGGCCAGAAGAAAGCGAGCUCAGUACAGCAAAUUUGAAUAAAAUUUCAAAUGGUGUGUUCAUGGAGGUUUGUAAAACCAAAAUACGUUCACUUUCAACAUAUAUUCACAGUCUGACCGCUGCCUCGUUUGUGAUUGGUCAGGUGUCACUGCAUUUCAAACACAAUUCUGUUGUCACUUAUAAUUUUUGGUGAACUUUGCUGUGUUUUUGAGGAAAUGUGCUAACAAACCAAAAUCAGGAUGCAUGUAGAGAUGGGACGUACUCAGCAGAACAUUGUUUUCAGAGAUCUAUGAAUUUAAUUGAUCACAUACCCAAAUGGUUAAUUAAUAAAACUAUGAUUGGCCUCAGAGCAGUCCGACAUGUUUUCUUACUGGCAAACCGUGAAACCAGGAUGUUGCACCAGUUUUUCCUGAGACACUGUGUUGAGUGUUUGUGGUCCACCAUUAGAGUCAUCAAAACUUAUUUUUUCAUAGCUACACUCCAACACAACAUCUGUUAUUGUUCCAUAAUUAACAUGAAUGGGGCGAGACUGUAUGUAUGAACUUUGGUAUAAUUAAUGACCUCUCACAACAACACUAAGCUUCAGUCAGCUGUCGGGAUGUUCAUUUGUUUGUUUCUUUUAUUCUCCAGUAAACUGAGCUCGGGGCUCUGGGUCGGUACUGAAAAAAUGU